AUGACUACAGUCCAAGAACUGGUUGGAACCAAUGCUGUCCCCACGGAGAACCAGAUACUACUUGUCAAACAAUAUCUAGUUGCCCCACGGCAAGAAAUUCGAUCCUUACAAGAAACACUGACUGAACUGCAAGCACGUCUUGUGUCAACUUUAGAGCGACGAAACGAACUAAAGAGCUACAUCGACGACCAUCUCGCCUUGAGCUCUGCAUCUCGCCAACUUCCGGACAAUGUGCUUCGUUGCAUUUUUCGAUACACAAUGCCAGUCUCCAGAAACGCGUCGUUUUCGAUGGACGAGGGCCCAUACCUUCUAUGUCGCGUGUCAAAACUCUGGCGCGCGAUUGCAAUGGAAACUCCGGCUCUUUGGUCCUCAAUCCACAUCAUUAUCCCCCCCGGCAACGAUUCUUUCGAGCGAGUGCUCCAGACGCUUACCCUUUGGAUUGAGCGAUCCAGAACCCACCCACUUUCGAUUCACUUAGCAUAUUCAAGGACUGCCUGGCGCGGCCCGUCACUGACACCUGUGCUGUCUCUCCUUGUUGCGCAUGCCGCGAGAUGGCACAAGGUCCACUUUGUUACCAACUCUGACGACGAGGUCCAAACAUUUGAUAAUUUAUCACCCGAGAAUGUGCCACUUCUCCAGCACUUCGAGAUUUCGCAAGGUCAAGGGCAUUUUGGCUUUUCAUUUAGUAAUCCCGAACCACAUACCCAGUCUCUCAAUCUCCAAUUCCUUCGUACCCCAUCUCUCCAACGAUUGGUUUAUCACGGUGGUUUUGAAACGAUUCCACGUAUGAUGGAUGUUUCUUGGGAGACACUAGUCUACCUCCAUCUCGGACUCACUGCUACUGGCAACGCACGCAUAUUCUACUUCCCCUUUGAAAUCCUCCGCAGAUGCACCAACCUCGAGAUAUUCAAGCUUGGGCUGAACGGGAUCGAGUUCAAAUCUCUCCCAGAAAAUUCACCUCCAGACUUGACAUCGCUUCGGCUGCCAUUAUUGACUGAGCUCUGGCUAUGGAUCGACAUGGGGCAGGAGAGCGACAAAACGGCAGAACAGCUGUUUGGCAACUGUGACUUUCCGAACCUGGCCAAAUUUACACUCCAGACUGGACGAAUCUAUACCUUGGCAUGGCUACCAAAGCUCGGUGCCAGCGCGGGUGGUCUCAAAAGUGUCGACUUAACUAUACAUGCCGUCAUGGGCAAGUCCUUGGAGGAUGCAUUGCGGGCGAUGCCGCAACUCGAAGAGAUUAAACUCAGUGGAGAACCUUACGGAGAAAUUCCAUCUGAUGGCAGCUUUGCAUGGACUCGGGACGUCAGCGUAUUCGAUGCUCUUGCCUCGCCUGACUUUUGCCCGAAUCUGCAGAAAAUCGAGCUUUGCGGCAUUUACCAAGUGUCGAAUGCGCAGAUACUUACCAUCGCGCGCCGUUCACGCAAUGGCACACUGCGGGACUUCCGGUGCCAUAUCGAGCGGCCAAAAACCAUGGAUUUCCGGGAGGAGCUGCGGGAAGAACUCGCAGGUGGACUCAAGCUGACCAUCCUGGUUAAUAAAGAGGCCAAUUUGAUGAUUUAUACAGCGCUUGAGAGGACGGAGCGUGCACCGCCUUCCCCCCGAGAGUAA